GGAGAGGAGGCGAGAAGAGAGAGGAGGAGUGGAGAGAGGAGAGGAGUAGAGGAGAAGAGAGGAGGCGAGAAGAGAGAGGAGAGGAGGAGUGGAGAGAAGAGAGGAGUGGAGGAGAAGAGAGGAGGCGAGAAGAGAGAGGAGAGGAGGAAAAGAGAGGGGAGGAGUGGAGAGAAGAGAGGAGAGGAGGCGAGAAGAGUAGAGGAGAAGAGAGAGGAGGAGUGGAGAGAGGAGAAGAGAGGAGAAGUGGAGAGUAGAGAAGAGAGGAGGCAAGAAGAGAGGAGUGGAGAGAGGAGAGGAGAAGAGAGGAGGCGAGAGAGGAGUGGAGAGUGGAGAGGAGUAGAGGAGAAGAGAGGAGAGGAGUAGAGGAGAAGAGAGGAGGCGAGAGAGGAGUGAGGAGAGGAGAGGAGUGGAGAGAGGAGUAGAGGAGUGGAGAGAGGAGUAGAGGAGUGGAGAGGAGUGGAGAGUAGAGAAGAGAGGAGUAGAGGAGAAGAGAGGAGGCGAGAAGAGAGAGGACUGGAGAGAAGAGAGUAGAGGAGAAGAGAGAGGGGGAGUAGAGGAGGAGUGGAGAGAAGAGAGGAGUGGAGAGAAGAGAGAGGAGUGGAGAGAGGAGAGGAGGCGAGAGGAGUGGAGAGAAGAGAGUAGAGCAGAAGAGAGAGGAGGAGUAGAGGCCGAGAGGAGAAGAGAGAGGAGGAGUGGAGAGUAGAGAGGAGAGGAGUAGAGGAGAAGAGAGGAGUGGAGAGAAGAGAGGAGGCGAGAGAGAGGAGUGGAGAGAAGAGAGGAGAGGAGGCGAGAGGAGUAGAGGAGAAGAGAGAGGAGGAGUGGAGAGUAGAGAAGAGAGGAGUGGAGAAGAGAGGAGGAGUAGAGGAGGAGUGGAGAGAAGAGAGGAGAGGAGAAGAGAGAGGAGGAGUGGAGAGAGGAGAGGAGUAGAGGAGAAGAGAGGAGGCGUGUAUAGAUGAUAACGUGGACAUGGUGACAUUCUUGGUGGAACACGGCGCCUGCAUCAAUCAGCCAGAUAACGAGGGAUGGAUCCCCCUGCACGCCGCCGCUUCCUGCGGAUACAUGGACAUCGCGGAGUAUUUGAUCAAUCAGGGUGCGAAUGUAGGCGUGGUUAACAGUGAGGGAGAGACGCCGCUGGACAUCGCUGAGGAAGAACCCAUGGAGGAGCUGCUGAAAAACGAAAUCAACCGACAAGGUGUGGAUAUAGAGGCGGCGAGGAAGGAGGAGGAGCGCAUCAUGCUACGUGACGCACGUCAGUGGCUAAACAGCGGGCAAAUAAACGAUGUCCGACACGCCAAGUCAGGAGGAACCGCGCUGCACGUCGCCGCUGCUAAAGGCUACACGGAGGUUUUAAAGCUUUUAAUCCAGGCAGGUUAUGAUGUAAAUAUUAAAGAUUAUGAUGGCUGGACUCCUCUUCAUGCUGCUGCUCACUGGGGGAAGGAUGAAGCCUGCAGGAUCCUGGUGGAGAACCUCUGUGACAUGGACGUCGUUAAUAAAGUGGGUCAGACGGCGUUCGACGUGUCAGAUGAAGAUGUCUUGGGAUAUUUAGAAGAGUUACAGAAGAAACAGAAUCUGCUGAUGAGUGAGAAGAAAGACGCUAAGAAAUCUCCUUUGAUAGAGACUACCACUACAGCGGAUAAUAACCAGUCCACUAAACCGGCCGUGAAGAGUAAGGAGACACUGUUACUGGAGGUGGAGAAGAACACUCCUCACAUCGAGAACCUGGAGUCGGAGAAAGCUGAUGAUGUGGAGGAGGUGAAGAAGGACGAGUCGAGCUGCUCCAGUGAGGAUGAGGAGGAAGACGACUCGGAGUCUGAGAAUGAAGCAGAUAAGACCAAAUCAGCCGUUCCGGUCAGUAACUCCACCAGCUCUGUCCCCGCCCCCACCACCAUCCCAGUCUCCGCCUCCAGCAACACUCCAGUCACGCCCACCUCACCUGUCAAAAAGGUGAGUGUACCUGCAGGUAAAGUGUCCCCUAAAGAGGAGGAGAGGAAGGACGAGUCGCCGGCGUCAUGGAGACUGGGCCUGAGGAAGACAGGAAGUUACGGUGCGCUGGCGGAGAUCAGCGCCACUAAAGAGGCUCAGAAGGAGAAAGACCUUAGCGGGGUGAUGCGCUCUGCCUCCUCGCCUCGCCUCACCUCCUCACUGGAUAACAAGGACAAGGAGAAGGAGAAAGAGAAGUCUCUAGUGUAUGUGGCUCCCACUUUCCCAAGAAGACACCUGAGUGUAUCAGACAUGGACGAGAAGGAAAACAGGGACUCGGCUGCUACUCUGGUGCGCAGCGGUUCUUACACACGGAGACGCUGGGAUGAAGAUCUGAAGAACAACGACACAACCUCCUUGAACCGAAUGUCCAGCUACCAGCGCAGCACGUCACACACUUUAACACUCGGCCGAAGCAGCAGCUCUCGCGAUCUUCCUGCAAAAUCAUCUUCGGCUUCCAGUCUGGAUCCUACCAGCACUAAAGCCUCAUCGUCCUACUACCAGUCUUACAGCAUACACCGCAGCGGAUCGUUUGGAAGGAGGCAAGACGACGCUGUGAGCUCCACUUCCUCCACGGUUUCCACGACGACAAGUUCCACCUCCACUACCACUAUUACCUCACCUACAGGACAUCGCAGUGUGUCCAGGUAUUGGUCCGAGGAUGGUGCUGAGAAAGAGAAGGAGUCAGCGACUGUAAUCCCCACCAUUAACACUGCAGCCACCACCACCACCACCACCGCACACACUAUUGCAGGAGAUGGCAGAGAGAGACGCAGAUCAUACCUCACUCCUGUGCGUGAUGAGGAGUCAGAGUCUCAGAGGAAAGCUCGAUCUCGACAGGCUCGACAGUCCAGAAGGUCCACACAGGGCGUGACCUUAACUGACCUCCAGGAGGCGGAGAAGACCAUCGGACGCAAUCGUCCAAUCCGGUCCCGAGAGGAAGAGAAGGAAAAAGAAGAGAAGGAAAAACAGGACAAGGAGAAGAAGGAGGCGGAGACAAAGGAGGACGACUAUCGGUCACGCUAUCGCUUCGAGGAGCGAUUCCGCACCCCCUCCUUCAGCUCGUCCACUUCCACUACUGUGCCAACGUCCUCAGUCACUUCUUCCUCUCUCUACACUUCCUCCUCCUCUUCCUCGCUGAACCGCCCUGACAGUCUGAGUGGAAUCACGCCCAGCUACAGGAGCUCCGCCCGCGACACUGAGAAAGAUAAGAAAGAGGAGGAGAAGGAGGGAGAGGAUAAAACUCAGCCUCGCUCUAUACGUGAUCGCAGACGCCCUCGAGAGAAACGACGCUCUACCGGAGUCCCGUUCUGGACCCAAGAUAGUGAUGAGAAUGACCCAGAACAGCACUCGGACUCUGAGGAAGGAAGCACUAAAGCAGAACCUCAGAGUGAAAGACUCUUAAGAAAUGAUGGCGUGUCCUCCGGUUCAUCCCUCACAGAUCGUUACGAUCACAGAGAGAGCCGCCGUUCCUACUCGCGCCUCGACCGAGAGGACAACACUGACUACAAGAAGCUUUAUGAACAGAUACAAGCUGAAAAUGAGAAGCUCAAGUCUCAGUUACGUGACACACAUCUUGAGUUGGAUGAUCUGAAGCGGCAGCUGGAGAAGGCCACACAGGUGAGGGGAUUACAGAGACAGGAGCGCUUCGCUGAUAGAUCACAGCUGGAGAUGGAGAAAAGGGAAAGACGAGCUCUAGAAAGAAAGAUCUCUGAGAUGGAGGAGGAGCUUAAGACGCUACCCGACUUGAAGGCAGACAACCAGAGGCUAAAGGACGAGAACGGCGCUCUGAUCCGAGUCAUUAGUAAACUUUCUAAGUAGAGCAGUGCCCCCUGUGUUCAGUGUGGGGUAUUACAGGCUGAGAGCCCUGUUACAGCAAACACACAACAAAACACAUCCAUCCUCCUCUAUCUCUCUAUCACUCGCUCACUACUUGUCCUCUAAUGGCUCACUUCUUUUCUUGAUGUUUGGUCUGGCUGCUGCAGUACACUCACUCACUCGCACGCACACACACUCACUCGCACACACUCGCACACACACACACACACACGUCGGCAGUUUACAGGGCAGAGAGACGGCUUUAACCCACACGCCUUCGUUUGUACAGAAAAAAAAGGAAAUAAAGAAAAACAGUUUAUUGGUGCCACAAAUU